AUUGAAACUCGUCAAAUCGACUUCUCUCCGUUUCUCUCUCUCUCUCUCUCUCUAUACAUCGGAGCCGCCAUGGAUCUUCGUCGGAGCUCGAUUGUACUAUUAAUCCUCUCAGUUCUAUCUCCAGCGACUCUCUCCAUGCGUUACGAGCUACUCUCGGGCCACACGAAAUGCAUCUCGGAGGAGAUUCACGCGAACGCAAUGUCCGUGGGCAAGUACAGCAUCGUAAACCCUAACGACGAAGAUCAUCCUCUUCCCGAUUCCCACAAGAUCACCGUCAGGGUGACGUCACCGCAAGGAACGGCGUAUCACGAGGCGGACGGAGUGAGUACGGGACAGUUCUCGUUAACGGCGGUUGAAACGGGAGAUUACAUAACUUGCAUCUCAGCCGUUGAUCACAAACCCGAGACGAUGCUGAUCAUUGACUUUGAUUGGAGGUCGGGUGUUCAUACCAAGGACUGGUCCAACGUCGCCAAGAAGAGCCAAGUCGAAAUGAUGGAGUUUGAGGUUAAGAAGUUAUUCGACACAGUUACAUCCAUCCAUGAUGAGAUGUUUUACCUCCGCGACAGGGAAGAAGAAAUGCAGGAACUGAACAGAUCCACGAACUCGAAGAUGGCAUGGUUUAGUUUUCUGUCGCUUGGAGUUUGUUUAUCAGUCGCUGGACUUCAGUUUUGGCACUUGAAGACUUUCUUCCAGAAGAAGAAGCUCAUCUGAAGACUCAUUACCAUAUUAAUAUAUACACAAACUAUAUUCAUUUUUGUUAAAGCGUUAUAUGAUCUUAACAUGUCAGUGACCUGCAAACUCUCAAUACAAUCCAAAAGCUUUUUUUUUC